UUCCCCGCCCUUAGCAAAUAUGGCGGGGCCGGAGCUGGGGGAGGCAGUGUGGAAUCGGGUAAAUGUGCCGUGGCCUGCCACUAGCGCUACGGUGGCUCUGCCGGAACAGCACCCCUCAGUGAGAUGCCUUCCAGCAGUUAGUAAAGAGUGCUCUGCCACUCUCACAUGGCUGAACAACAAAGCUGUGGAUGCUGAAGGAAGAGUCCUGCAUGCGAUCCUUUAUGUCUGCCACAGCAAAAUGUCUCACCAUAAAACCUACCUGGCUCUGAAACAGGUAGAACAAAGCUUGAAGCGUUUGAAUAGGAUGAACUUAGUGGGAUACGUUCAAGACCUGGCAGAACUGUGUUCCAAGAAAAAUAAAUCUGAAAAUCCUGGAGAGCAUCUAGUUCCCAGCCAGCCUGUGAUGGAAGUAGUAGCAGUGAAGGUCUUGGGAGGCUGUAAGUUGUUGCUGCGUCUACUGGACUGUUGUUGCAAAGCAUUCCUCUUGACCAUUAAACACCUAUGUUUGGAAGAAUUCAUACUCUUGAAUACUGUGGUCUCAGGAUUGUUGAGCAGAUUAUGGAUUCUUUAUAGAUGCGUGUUACAGAGGCUUACGUCUUUAUAUGGGGCGUUGUCUGGGUUGCUGCAGAAGGUGUCCGAGACCCAACAGAUGCCCUAUGUUAAAGGGUUUACCUUCCCCUCUGAGAUUGCUGAGUUUUUGGGAGUUAAUCUUUCUGUAGAGAUCAAGAAAAGGAAGUCUCAAAUACUUACAACAAAAAAAGCAAGCAGAUGGCUGAACAAAGUGUUCUCUGCAGAACCUGAGACAGCAGCCAGGCCCCGUGUAAAAGAAGCCUUGGCCAUUCCAAGGGUUAAAGUGAAAAUGGGUGCCCAGCGCCCCAUUGACAUUGGGAAGCCUGUUCUGGUGAAGAAAACCAACCAAGGGAAACAGCUGGGAUUUGAUGUCAAGACCUUCUGCAGACAACUGAAAGCCCAAGUCCCAGAGGAUAGAAGUUUCAUGCUAACAGUUCCUGAAGCCAAAGUGAGGCCAGCUCCACUUUCCUCUUGUGCAACAAGGUCUCAGCGUGCCAGAUCUCUGGUGCUGACCCUUCGGGAAGCCCACUCUUUCAGGGAACUCACAGAAGCACUCAGAACAGCCAUUCUUUGGUUUAGAAGCAAGAAGCUCAGGGCAGAAACCUGCUUUCUAAAAAACAAACUAUUGAAAAGCAACCGGCUACAGCAUGUGGAGGCCCAGGGAUGCAGCUUGCAGAAAAAACUGAGCUGCGUCAAAGCAUCUAUCCGCAAAUUCCUGCUCUCUGGCUCCCAAAAUGCACGUUUGCCAAAGCAGUAUUACAGACUAGGGUCCUGCUGGCAGAGGAGAAUCAAGAUGAAACUGUCCAGAAAGUCAAAGAAGACUCCAAAGUUUGGUCAGCAAAACGUUUCUGCCAUCCUUGAAGGCCACAAGACUAAUGCUGCAUCCUUUCUUCCUGCUGCCAAGCCCUUCAGAAAACAAAAGGUGGGGACCUCUAAACCAAAAGCAGGGAGAAGAAAUCCUUGGCCUUUAAUGAAAGAAGCAACUGAGAACGAUGAUAUAGACAACAUUUUUGCGGCAGUGGGUGUGUGACGUGCAGGUGAGGUUAUUUUUGUCAAGCUUUACUUGUUACAAUUGCCUUUAGCUUCUCUGUUGCCUUCCACCUGAAAUCACAAGAAUGCUGCUGACACUUUGUUCACACUUGGAAGUUGACUGUGACAGAUGUACUGCAUAGAAGAAUGUGGCCUUACUAAGCAGUUUCAUUAAAGCAAGAUUUUACAGUGGGAUGUUGUGUAUGUGUAGUAGACAGGACCCUAGCAUCCAAGAAUAUGGGGCUGUCUGGGGAAUAGCUUUUUUGUGAACUAUUUUUCUUCUAAGGAAAAAUGCAGUGUCCCAGGCUCUGUUGUAUGCUGAGGUACCAAGUGUUUAAAAGCCUUGCAUGGAACAUAAUCUCCACUAGAAUGUUUGGUGCUAUGUAAUAAAGGAGGGCUUCUUACUCCCUAGACUACCUACUAAUAGUAGAAGGAAUCUUGAUAUAAUUCCUUCCCUGCCCUGGGAGAGAAGCUUUAUAGCACUGAAUAUUCAGUAUAUUCCAAUACAAACCAUAUUGCAUUAUUCCUCUUAACAUGUUCUGUACAGUAACCAUCACCUGAGAACAGGUAGUGGAACAUGUAGGUUGGAUUUUAGGGAGCAUGUUCUGAAUCCAGAAGGUUCUUACUACCUGUGGGAAGUUAAGUCUCUCCUGAGUGACCCACAGGAGCCUUGUGAUAACAAGCUGGAGCAAGCCUCUCAUAACUACCUCCAGGAGCAUUCCUUCCAUGAGAACCUUUGUUCUCCAUAGUGAUGCUACACAAGCAAGUGACACAGCUCAGGCUGAGCUGCCAGGAGAAGUGAGUGGCUGCCACAUGACUGCAUAGUAUAAGUAGCUGGACUACUUCAAGGAGAGCUACCCCCUGCAGUGGAUUCUCCUUCCUGAAACUGAAUAACACAAGCAGAUAGUGUUGCACUCCUUUCAGGCCUCUUCAUGGUCAAGAAAGAGGAGAAAGUGGGUUUGUGCCUUGUUUUAAGUUUAAGUACUAACCAGAUGCUUUUAUUAAUCUAUAAGCAGUGUCCAGGAAAGUGUGAUUAAGUUCUUCCCAGUCCAGCAAUCUGCUGUGUAGGAAGAACAAGCCUGUUAUGUUCAGUGAAACUACUCGUGCAUAAAUACUUUCCAAGAGUGCUUGGAAGGGCAGCAAUAUUUUUUCAUGUUCAUCUUAUCUGGCAUUGCACUAUGACAUUCAAAUCUGGCAGUUCUCACACUUUUAACAAAGGAUUAUCUGUUUCCACAAGUCUUCCAUACACACCUAUCUGGAUCCAUCAUGCAAACUUAUGGUGCCCACAACAAUGACCUUAAGCAUUAGUGCUUACUGGUGGCACAUUUUUACAGUAUUCCUUCAUAUCAUUCAUACUUCUGUAAAGUCAGAGUGAUGGUGCCUGUUUGGGGAUAUAGUCCUUUAUUUCAUGUUUCUCAUGAAUGUUACCAGGUUUCAGUGGGGACAGUUAAUUCUACUCCUGAAUUAAUAAAGCUUUGUCAGAA